GCCCCGCCCCUGGCGCGGCGGCCGCAGUCCCGCCGCAGCCACCGCGCCAGCGGUACCGUAGUGAGCGUGAGGGACCGGCGCGGCCGAACCGGCCCGGGCCGAGCUACAGCCGCCCGGCUUAGUGCUCCCCGCUGUCYGCCCCGCCGGACCCUGUCCCGUUCCUUUCUGCCGGCGGCGGCGAUCCGCCUCGCGUCCCCCGCCGCAUCAGGAUGUCGGUGCCGGAGCCCGCCGGCGGCGAGGAGAAGCAGGCCAAGGAGGUGGAGGACGCCGAGAAAUAUUCAUUCAUGGCCACCGUCACCAAGGCCCCCAAGAAGCAAAUCCAGUUUGCAGAUGACAUGCAGGAGUUCACCAAAUUCCCGACCAAGACGGGCCGUCGGUCCCUGUCCCGCUCCAUCUCCCAGUCUUCCACCGACAGCUACAGCUCUGCUGCCUCGUACACGGACAGCUCUGAUGAYGAGGUGUCCCCUCGAGAGAAACAACAAACCAACUCCAAAGGCAGCAGCAAUUUCUGUGUGAAGAACAUCAAACAGGCAGAGUUCGGCCGCCGGGAGAUCGAGAUCGCUGAGCAAGACAUGUCUGCUCUGAUUUCACUCAGGAAACGAGCCCAGGGGGAGAAGCCUUUGGCUGGAGCUAAAAUUGUGGGCUGUACCCACAUCACAGCACAGACUGCAGUGCUGAUCGAGACGCUGUGUGCCCUGGGAGCUCAGUGCCGUUGGUCUGCCUGCAACAUCUACUCCACCCAGAAUGAAGUGGCUGCGGCCUUGGCAGAGGCUGGUGUUGCUGUGUUUGCCUGGAAAGGGGAGUCGGAGGAUGAUUUCUGGUGGUGCAUUGACCGCUGUGUUAACGUCGAUGGCUGGCAGGCCAACAUGAUCCUGGAUGACGGUGGCGAUCUGACCCAUUGGGUUUAUAAGAAAUACCCCAGCGUGUUCAAGAAGAUCCGGGGGAUUGUGGAGGAGAGCGUGACCGGUGUGCACAGGCUGUACCAGCUCUCCAAGGCUGGGAAGCUCUGUGUCCCAGCCAUGAACGUGAAUGACUCAGUCACCAAGCAGAAGUUUGAUAACCUAUAUUGCUGCCGGGAAUCCAUCCUGGAUGGCCUGAAGAGGACCACGGAUGUGAUGUUUGGAGGGAAGCAAGUGGUGGUUUGUGGUUAUGGGGAGGUUGGGAAGGGAUGCUGUGCUGCCCUGAAAGCCCUGGGAGCCAUCGUGUACGUCACAGAGAUCGACCCCAUCUGUGCCCUCCAAGCCUGCAUGGAUGGAUUUCGGGUGGUGAAGCUGAGCGAAGUAAUCCGUCAGGUGGAUGUCGUCAUCACCUGCACAGGGAACAAGAACGUGGUGACCAGGGAGCACCUGGAUCGGAUGAAGAACAGCUGCAUCGUGUGCAACAUGGGCCACUCCAACACCGAGAUCGACGUGACCAGCCUGCGGACGCCGGAGCUGACCUGGGAGCGGGUGCGCUCCCAAGUGGACCAUGUCAUCUGGCCGGAUGGGAAGCGGGUGGUGCUGCUGGCCGAGGGCCGUCUGCUCAACCUGAGCUGCUCCACGGUUCCCACCUUCGUUCUCUCCAUCACAGCUACCACGCAGGCUCUGGCUCUAAUUGAGCUCUACAACGCUCCCGAGGGCCGGUACAAGCAGGACGUUUACCUGCUGCCGAAGAAGAUGGAUGAGUACGUGGCCAGUCUGCACCUGCCGUCGUUCGACGCCCACCUGACGGAGCUGACGGACGACCAGGCCAAAUACCUGGGACUCAACAAAAACGGGCCUUUCAAACCCAACUACUACAGAUACUGACGGGACCAUACCCAUGAAGGACCAGACCACACAAGGCAACAUUCGAGAGAUUAUUUUUAAAAACAAUUUUUAUUUUGGUUUACCUUUUUUUUUUUUUUUUUUUUUUUUUUUUUUUUUUUUUUUUUUUUUUUUUUUUUUUUUUUUUUUUUUUUUUUUUUUUUCUACCACCAGAACCUGUUUUUACAUUUUAUCUGUGAUUUUAAGGUCAGGUUUUCUUUUCUCCCCCUUUUCCAUGAUCAAAUCCUUGUCUGAUCUUGCCAGACAACCUGGAAUUUGCUUCUUGCUCUCAUGUGGCUGAAGCUGCUGAUUCCCAGCUCUGGCUCCAGGAGGGGUUUUCCCUUUCCUGCUGUGCCCAGGGCACUUCAUUCCUUCAGCAAUGGUUUAUUUUUGGCUUUUAUUUUGUAUUCUUUCCCACCUUUCCAGCCCACGUUGGUCUCAGCCGGGCUCCCUGCGGAUCCGGAGAUGCUCUUCUACCUUAUCUUCUAUUUCUUUGUGUGGAUUAUCUGCAACUUCURAAUUGCCUUAAAGAGCCCAGUUUUAGCUGCUAGAUCCCUGCUCCGGGCGCUUCCUGGGAGCAGAGUGGGGCCUGCAGGACACGUGGCCAAGGGGGUGACAGUGCCCAAACCCAGCCCAGGUCCCUGUGCUGAGGUGGCCCAGGCUUGGUGGCCACUGGCCUGGGUUUGCUGGCCACCUGGGUCCAGGGGAGUUCAGUGUUUCAGGGUGCUAAUCUGAAUCCGGAUGGGGGUCGCUUCCCAGCAUUAUCCUCAUCUCUCCUAGGUUUUUUUUUUUUUAUUUUUUUUUUCUUUUAGCCAAACUGCACCUUAAUUGAGUUCUAAACUUUUUUUUUUUUCCGUUCGUUUGUUUUUUUCUUCCUGUUUUCCUUUUUGAUCCUUACCGAGAUGUUUUAGAGGGCGGGGAUGUUUUUAAGAGGAAGCACYGGGGGCAUUCCCAUCUCCCACUGGGAAGCGCCGGGUGGUGUCGAGGGUGUCUGGGGUGGGUUUUGGGGGUGUUCCACUGUUUUUUUUUUUUUUGAGCUGGAUGCAGAGAUGAGCCUUCCCCCUACCCCAGCCUGGCCCCUCUGCUCCCUGUCGCUGUUUUCCUCACCCUCUCCUGGUGUGUCCCAGCUGCUCCCAUCACCUCCUCCAUCCCCUCCCUGUUGCCAUUUCUCUUUCCCAGCUUGUCCUGGGGUGUGGGAAUCUCCUUCCAACCCACUGAAGUUCCUUUUGGCUUUUUUUAUCCUCCCCACAUCUCCUCUUCCUUCCUUUUCCCAAGGGAGGGAAGGAGCUGCUGGUACCUCCCAGAUCAUGGAGCUGCUCCUGCCCCGCUUUGGAGGGGUCCACCCCAAUUCUGGGGAAUUUGCAGGUCUGGGGGUGCAAAGCUCCUUGGGGGGCCAGGAGAUGGAGAGGUGCUGGUGGCUGAGAUCAUCCCCCUGUCAUGCCCUCCUCCAUGUCCUCUGACUGUUCCUCUUUCCCACCCUGCCUGGUCUCCUCCUGGACGGUCGCUCCGCAGAUUUUGGGGAUCACCUGCCUCGCUCCCCCACAGAUCCUGGCGAUCACCUGGGUCCCCUCCACCAUCCCCCAAACCUCACUGGGGCCGGCUUAGUGAGCUGGGAUGGGCGUUUGUGGGAAGUGAUUGGGAGCAUCCCCCCUUCCCUGUGAGCCCCCCACCCGGGGGUCCCRGCACCCCCUUCCCACCCAUUCCGGGUGGGAUCUCGGCGCAAGGGCUCCGUGUCUGGACAAGCCAUGUCGGGGGAGCCUGGGGGUGAUGGCGGCGGCGGCAGCAUCGGGCCGGGAGGGAGAGGUUUAUUUUGUAUAUGAAUGAUUUUUAAUGAAUGCAAUAUUAAUCCUUGCAGAUGAGCAAUAAAUCAUUAAAGUCUAAUUAAACUAUUAGCAAAAA